ACGCAAGGUACCUGAUGCAUCUAGAUUAUGGUGAGCAGCAUGAAAUGGCUGUGGUUAUACAGGAAUUAUGUGAUCACCAUCCUGACACCUUUCCUGAUCCUGCCUUUACCUCUUACUGUCAACACUUCGGAGGCUAAGUGUGGCUUUGUGCUCAUCCUGAUGGCUGUGUACUGGUGUACAGAAUGUCUACCACUGGCGAUCACUGCACUCCUCCCGGUUUUCUUCUUCCCUAUGAUGCGCAUCAUGACGGCUGAAGAUGUGUGUUCCCAGUACUUCAGUAACAGCACCAUGCUGGGAGUCGGUGGAUUAAUGAUAGCCAUAGCUGUAGAACGGUGGAAUCUCCACAAACGUCUUGCCAUUUCCGUGCUUUUGGUAGUUGGUGUGAGGCCAGCGCUGUUGAUGCUGGGGUUCAUGAGCAUCACAGCCUUUAUCUCUAUGUGGAUCACUAACAUAGCCUCUACGGCUAUAAUGCUACCCAUCGUGAAUGCCAUGCUGGAGCACCUCAGUAAGGCCGAGGCAGAGGAGGAAGAGAUAGAGCUUCAGCAGUGCAGGGUCCUAAGAACUUUACAAGUGCACGAGAGCAAGGAUGGACUUGGCAACAUACCAGUGGAGCUGAGUCCUGAGGAACUGUUACAAGCUGAGCAGAGGAUGCGAGAACGUGAGCAGAAGUAUCUGAGACUCAAAAAAGGAAUGAGUUUGAGCGUUUGUUAUGCUGCCAGCAUUGGAGGCACAGCCACUCUCACCGGCUCCUUUCCCAAUCUCAUCCUCAAAGCCCAGAUUGACAAGAUCUAUCCAGAGAAUGGGGAUGUGAUUAACUAUACCUCCUGGUUUGGGUUUUUCUUCCCCAACAUGGUGCUGAUGCUGAUGUUCUGUUGGUUAUUGCUGCAGUUCAUGUAUUUGGGCUUCAAUGUAAAAAACUCAUGUGGUUGUGGAAUUACUAGAAGCAGCCAUGAAAAGGUGUUUCAGGUGAUGAGGCAUGAGUUCCGAAAGCUCGGCAGCAUGUGUUUUGCGGAGUACAGUGUGGUCGUGCUUUUCAUACUGUUGGUUCUGUUGUGGUUCAUGAGGGACCCUGGCUUCAUACCAGGCUGGGGCUCGCUAAUGGAAACUAAGUUUGUGUCAGAUAGCACAGUCUCCAUUUUAAUAACCUUUAUGUUUUUCAUAAUACCCUCCAAAUUUCCAAGAUGUUGGCAUGCUGGUUCUUUAGACAUAUCUGGUAGAAGUGAAGAAAAGCUUCCUGACAUGCUGCUUGACUAUCAAACAGUGGAAAAGGUGUUGCCUUGGAACAUCCUGCUGCUGUUGGGUGGAGCUUUGGCACUGGCUAAAGGCAGUGAGGUAUCCCACCUGUCUUUUUGGCUUGGACAAAAUCUCUUGCCUCUGGGGAACAUCCCUCCCGUGGCUCUCUCCUUCGUUCUUUGCCUUGUAGUGACCAUGCUCACCGAAGUCUGCAACAAUGCCGUAAUCAGCACUGUUUUCCUGCCUAUUCUAGCCUCCAUGGCAAAUGCUCUUAAGAUACAUCCACUGUCCAUCAUGCUGCCCACCACCAUCAGCUCCUCAUUUGCCUUUAUGCUCCCAGUGGCCACACCACCCAAUGCCAUUACAUUCAACUAUGCCAAUCUCAAUAUCAUGGACAUGGUAAAGCCUGGACUUGUACUGAACCUGCUGGGGAUAGUCUGCAUAAACUUCGCUACUAAAACCUGGGGAACUGCAAUGUUCCAUUUAAACGAGUUCCCUACAUGGGCUAAUAUCAGUACCAGGACUCCUUAACUGAAGACUUCUUCCUCUUUCUACAAGUCUAGCCCUGUGUGCAGGAAAAGAAAGAAGGAGAACAACACAGAAAGGACAAAUGAUCAAACCUGUGAAUGACAUCAGGAAUGGAUUCCAAAGGUGGAAAAAGCACAAUUCUACAAGGUUUAUUGGUUGUAGCCAAUUGUGUAGGAAGAAUGAUUUGUACCUCAUUUAAGGGGCAUUAAUCUCUUCACAUACUAUGUACCACACUAGCAUAUUGCCACCACUGGACAUCAUUCAAACACAGGAGAAUGGCUCUGGAGACCACUGAAGAUGAUUUUUCUUCUGUUUACCUGAUGAAGCUAGUGCUCAAAAUGAUCUUUGCCUGUUAUAGAAAAUGAGAAUAUCUAAAAUGAUAUUCUGCACUCCAAAGAUAAAUUCAGGCGCUUUGGGUGAACAGUCACAUACAUUAGUGUCACAAUUAAAGCUACUAAAGUGAAUAAUUUUGCCAGUGAUUAUGGCCUGGAAUUUAUACUUCAGUGUAUUUAAAUAAUUUACUAUUUUUUAAAACUUGCUCCUUACUGCAAAAUGCUGUAGGCAAGUUAUCAAUAUUUAUGAAAAAAUCACAGGCAUGGUGUGUGAUACAUUGCUGUCUUGAAUAUGGACAGUACUACAUAUAAAAAUUCUUAAAAAGUCUUAAAGUAGCCCAUGCUAGCACAAGACAGACCGAACAUUUUCCACAAUUUUGCUGCAAAACGCACACACACACAUGCACACACACACACACACAAAAUUUACUGUUCCUGUUGA